GGAGUGAGUGAGUUGUUAAGAAGAAAAGAGAGGAAAAGUUGAAGGUUUUAUACUCUUGAGCCACCGGCCAGAAAACCUAACAAAAAAAUUUUUUGACCCAUUUUCAUUCGCUGGUAUGAAAUUUUCAUCCUCCACCGUGAUUUCCCCAGUCACGCCCCGGGUAGCUUCGCUCUUUUACCAACCAUGUAUGACUUUAUGGAAUAUUGCCUGAGGCGCUACUAUAGGGCUUCAGGAUGGAACGAGGAAAAUCAAUAUUCAAACCUAUGUGCUUGGUCUCGCUCUAUGCUUGACUUCACCGUCCCUCAUGGCAUCUCGCUGGUGAUGUCCAAACUGCCAUCACAAGUGUUCAAGCCUUCUUACACCAUUGACGCACUUCCAUCUUUGAACGGAAGCAUGGGGUACCUCUAUACCUCAAGACCUUUGGACGUUGAUACCAGUGCUACGGUUGAUUUCAGAGAAACAUUAAAUAGUAUACGAUCGUCUAAACCACUCACAAAGUAUCGCCCAGAGAAUACUCAAGACUACUUGGUGUAUGGACGUAUGUUUUUGCCCGGAGGAAAUCUCGAAGCUGUGUAUUCUCGCCGCUUGUCAGAGACCACACAGUAUAUUAUUACCGCGUUCAAUGACCCGCGCAAACAAGGCGCAUCCUUGAUUGGUAUGCAGUUGCAGCGAGAUGUCGGUCGUCACUGUACCGAGUUCUCCUACACGACGGAUGAUGGCUUGCUAGGACUUCGAGGAUUAUAUAAUUUUGGUCACGACCGGUUCGCCAAUGGUCAAUGGUCAGCUGGAGCUGAAUUGUAUUAUGGCAUACUGGAUAAAAGUGGCGGCUUCUCAACUGGCCUGCGAUACCAAACGCUACCAGCAUCUUCCGUACCACCCAUCAGCGUCACCUAUACCCUCAACCCUAUUGUCGGCCACAUGUCUACAGCAUACGUAGCUCAAGUGUCGGAUGAACUCGUACUUUGCUCGCGAUUUGAAUUCAGCAUUUACAGCUAUGAAAGUGACUUAGCAGUAGGGUUCGAAUGGAGGAGUGCGCACAACGCCAUGGCCAAGAUGAAACUAGCUGAGGAUGUCAAGUCAGUCGAGCAACACGCCGCUGAGACUGGACAUAUUGUGGUGUCGGAUGUGAUGGAAGAAUCAGACGGUGUCACGAAACUAGAGGGCCUAGUCAAAGCUCGCUUUGGACUCGCUCAAGGCGUUGCAUUGAUGUGGGAAGGACGCUUCAAAAAUCUGUUAUUCAGUCUAGGUAUCACUGGUGAUCUUAGCAAUCGCACCAACCCCAUUCGAUCAGUUGGCUUAGAAUUACAAUAUUUCGCUUAAUGACCCAGACUGCUUGUAUCAUACCACCCUCUUUCUUUACAUUCAACAAAAAUACUCCCAGUAAAUUUGGAAUGGUUUUUUUUAUAUAAUGUCAUGAUCGAAUGACAAGUAGGAAGGAGACCCAUCGCAUUGCAUGGAGCAGAGAAAACUGUAAAAGUUGGGGGAAAAAACAAAAAAGUCGCCAAAGUAUGGUGGAAAAAAAAUGUUCAUUGUUUGUAUUUUUGGGUUGCAUAAUAGGAUGGCUGAGACAUUGAGUAAUGUUUUUAAACCUUGAAGCCGCGAGAUGAACGCUUCUUGUUCUUGUGGGGACCCAUACCGAAAUGCUUGACGGCUUCACGAGCGUUGACGGCACCACGGAGGAGGAC